AUGAAAGGCUGGCAAUCCCAAGCAGCAGCGGCCGCAAGCGGUGCGACACCGCCCCCUGCUUCUACCAGCUUUCUUCAACUGGAGCCCUACAGCCCGCCGACUUGGGCAUCGCACAUUCCACUGGUGCCGACCCACCGUUUUCGGUUGGGCAUCCUGCCCACGCCCAUCCACGAAUGGCGGCUGCCUGGCCUACCGGAGGGCGUCCGUGUCCUAAUUAAGCGCGACGACCUGAGCGGGAUGCAGAUGAGCGGCAAUAAGGUGGUCCGCAAAUUGGAGUUUUUGAUGGCGGAAGCGGUCCAGGGGGGUUACGACUGCGUGGUUACGAUUGGGGGAAUCCAGUCAAACCAUGCCCGUGCUACCGCCGUGGCGGCCAGAUAUCUAGGUUUGGACUGCCAUCUCAUUUUGCGCACAAGCCGUCAGUUAGUGGACUCAGAUCCCGGUCUUGUUGGGAACCUGCUGGUGGAGAGGCUGGCGGGAGCGCAGCUCCACCUGGUAACAAAGGAGGAGUACGCUACUCUAGGAAGCGGUGCCCUCCUGGAGCAGCUGCGAUCGGAUUUGAAAUCCACCGGCAGGAAGCCGUACAUCAUACCCGUUGGCGGAUCUAACUCCCUUGGUGUCUGGGGCUACCUGGAGAGCAGCCAGCAGCUGAAGUACCUGCUGCAGCUGGGCGGAGACGACCCAGCUGCUCCCAUGAUUACGGACAUUGCGAUGGCGUGUGGCAGUGGGGGGACGACCGCGGGCUUAGCGCUGGGCUCUGCGUUAAGUCCACUGGGCGGCCGAGUACUUGCCUUUGGCGUUUGCGACACACCCGAGUACUUUUACGACUACAUUGACGGUCUUCUGGGGGGCCUGGGGGCUGCCCCCGGUGGGGAGCUGCUGGGGGGCCGGAGAGCUCGAGACCUGCUGUACGUGAUACAGGCCCGGGGUGCCGGGUACGCCAUCAGCACGGAGGCUGAGCUGCGGACCGUGCAGGAGGUCGCGGCGGCGACUGGUGUCGUACUGGAUCCGGUGUACAGCGGCAAGGCCGUCCACGCGCUGCUGGCGGACAUCCGCGCCAGAGCGGAGGAAUGGCGCGGCCGUACGGUACUUUUCGUACACACGGGCGGGCUGCUGGGCAUGUACGACAAACUGGACCAACUGGAACCCCUGGUUCAAGCACAUGGGGCCCCGGCCGUCCGCCUGCAAGUACGGCAGCCAAACGCACAACCUUAG